AUGGUGGCAUUGGCACAGUCUUCCUCUUCAAUUUUGGCUCCGAUGAGUUAUCAGAAGGAAAAGAUUGUGGAGCUUGAUGAUGCUGUGCAUAAAAUUGGGCUGCAAGUCAUAGAAGGAGGACACUUGAACUUUGGGUUUUCUUCAUACAAAACAACCUUCCAACUCACUCCAAUUCAGGAAGAGGAGACCAUGGUCAGUGUUGAGGUCACAUAUGAGUCUGAAGUUGAAGAUAGUAGCAUGCCAUCAAAGACAGCAAAGUCUGUUUUAGCUUUCAUAAGGAACUUAGAAUGUUAUUUGUUGAAUGGUGCUAUCUAG